AUGGCAAUGGCAAAUAACAAAACACAAUGUUUCAAAUGUAAUAAAGACAAAAUAACAUAUCCUUGUGAAGGAUGUUCACAAAGAUUUUGUUUAAUGGAUUUAACAGAACAUAAACAAAUAUUGAAUGAUGAAUUAAAUAAUAUUGCUAAUGAUUAUGAUCAAUUUAAAGAAAUAAUUAAUGAGCAGAAACAAAAUCAUUCAUUAAUAGAACAAAUCAAUGGAUGGGAAGUAAAUUCAAUCGAAAUAAUUCGACGAAAAGCACAAAACUGUAGGGAAAUUGUUAUUGAACAUUUAGCAACAUUUUUUAAUGAUAUCGAAAUGAAAUUCAAUGAUUUAUCCGAACAAAUAAAACAAAUUCGUCAAGAUGAUGAGUUUAAUGAAAUUAAUUUAAAUUAUUUAAAAAAGCAGUUAACAGAAAUUACAGAAAUAUUAAAUAAUCCAUCAAAUAUAUCCAUUCAACAAAAUUCCCAAUCAUUUAUUAAUGAAAUUUCAAUUACAAUAUCAAAAAAACCAAAAUGGGACAAAUGGGAACAAAAUGCCACUACUGUUGCUGCUGGAAAUGGAAAUGGACAGAAAUUAAAUCAACUCAAUUUCCCUUAUGGAAUUUUUAUUGAUGAAAAGAAAAAUAUUUUCAUUGUUGAUCAUGAUAAUCAUCGUGUUGUUCAAUGGAAAUAUAAUGCAAAGAAAGGACAAACCGUCGCAGGUGGAAAUGGGCAAGGAAAUUCCAUACACCAAUUGAAUUGUCCAACAGAUGUAGUUGUUGAUCAACAAAAUCAUUCGAUUGUCAUUGCCGAUUAUGAGAAUAGACGAGUGAUUCAAUGGUUGAAUGGAAAGCAACAAAUUCUCAUUGAGAAUAUUGACUGUUUUGGCUUGACAAUGGAUAAAAAUGGAUUUCUUUAUGUUUCUGAUUAUAAGAAAAAUGAAGUGAAACGAUGGAAAAUGGGAGAAUAUAACAAUGAAGGAAUUGUAGUGGCAGGUGGAAAUGGACAAGGCAAUCAAGUUAAUCAACUUAAUUGUCCAGGUUUUAUCUUUGUUGAUGAAGAUCAAUCUGUUUAUGUAUCAGAUAGAGAAAAUAAUCGUGUGAUGAAAUGGAGAAAAGAUGCAAAAGAAGGAACAGUUGUGGCUGGAGGAAAUGGUCUAGGAAAAAAUCUCGAUCAAUUGUUUUAUCCUCAAGGAGUAAUCGUUGAUGGUUUGGGUCAAAUAUAUGUAGCAGAUUGCUGGAAUCAUCGAGUAGUUCGUUGGUGUGAAGGAAAAGAAAAAGGUGAAAUUGUUGUUGGUGGAAAUGGUGAAGGAAAUGAAACAUAUCAAUUGAAUCAUCCUUUUGGUUUAUCAUUUGAUGAUGAAGGAAGUCUUUAUGUUGCUGAGUUGGGAAAUCAUCGAAUUGACAAAUUUCAAAUAAUUCAGUGA